CCAAGUGGAGCGGGAGAGUUGAGCGGUUGUCUGUUCCCGUCUGGGAAACCAGUAGCCCUUGCAGCAUGGCUGACCAACUGACUGAAGAGCAGAUUGCAGAAUUCAAAGAAGCCUUUUCACUAUUCGACAAGGAUGGUGAUGGGACUAUAACAACAAAGGAACUGGGAACUGUGAUGAGGUCUCUUGAGCAGAACCCCACAGAAGCAGAGCUGCAGGACAUGAGUAAUGAAGUUGAUGCAGAUGGUAAUGGCACAAUUGACUUCCCUGAAUUUCUGACAAUGAUGGCAAGAAAAAUGAAAGACACAGACAGUGAAGAGGAGAUCAGAGAAGCAUUCCGUGUGUUUGAUAAGGAUGGCAAUGGCUACAUUAGUGCAGCAGAGCUUCGCCAUGUGAUGACAAACCUCUGAGAGAAGCUGACAGAUGAAGAGGUCGAUGAGAUGAUCAGGGAGGCAGACAUCGAUGGUGAUGGUCAGGUAAACUAUGAAGAGUUUGUACAAAUGAUGACAGCAAAGUGAAGACAUUGUACAGAAUGUGUU